UUACACUUGGCACAAUGCAGUCAGGCAAGUGCCGUUCUCCUGGAAACCGCCAAACACAGACACGUCCAUCGAAUUGCCAGAGAAGUGUGAUUGGUCACUCCAGAGAACACGUCUCCCCUGCUCUAGAGUCCAGUGGCGGCGUGGCUGAGUGGCUGUUGUUCCCAGUGGCUUCCACUUUGUUAUAAUCCCACUAACAGUUGAGCGUGGAAUAUUUAGUAGCCAGGAAAUGUCACGGAUGGACUUAUUGCCCAGGUGGCCACCUAUCACGGGACCACGCUUGGAGUCACUGAGCUCCUGAGAGCGACCCAUUCUUUCACCAAUGAUUGUAGAAGCCGUCUGCAUGCCUAG